CAAAGGAAAAUUUUGACACCUUUAACAGAUACAAAUCAAUUCAAUACAAUAGGCAAUUUUUAACAAAUCGGUUGCUGAAUAAAAAAACAAUUGCUUGUGGUUGUUGUAGAGGUUUGUUCCCAACAAUUACUGUUUUCACUUUAUUAAUAAAUACACUUUGAGUACAGAUGUGUUGGUCACACUGUUUGAUAAUUAAAAUACCAAGUAAUCGAGAACAUUGAGUAUUCAAAAGCUCUUUUUUAAUAGAACAAAUGAAAUAUAUUUUGAAUUUGUAUCUGGUUAUGGGAUUUGGGUUUAAAAUAAUAUCUACGAAUUAUUGCAAACAAUUAUCUACAAAAUCACUUACCAAAAUUCAUGGGCAGGCAUUUAAUCCUCGUUAUAUGAGCAUUGAACCACCAUCAUCUAAUCACGAUGCUAGUAGCAAACGCUCUUCUUACGAAUUACCAUUUUAUGCUGAUGAUGAUGUUGUAUCCGUAGGAGAUUUUCCAGCUUGGGAAACGGAACAUGUGAACUUUUACGAAAAGAAAAAAGAGUCAACUUUAAAACAGAGAAGCGUACGCGUUAGAAAUAUUUUUAAUGAUCGCAACUUCGCAAAGCCUGAUGUAUUUAAAACUCGACCAUGGGAAUGCUCCUCUAAGCUUGCAUGGAUAGAUUUAGGUCUACAUUAUUUUCCUAGAUAUAUACGUACUGUUGAGUGCAUUUCAAAGAAAUGUUGGUACGGUCAUUUCAACUGCAAAGCUAAAUCGUUUACUAUAAAAAUAUUGAAAAGAAAAAAUGGAUCAUGCAUUCGGAUUAGUGAAAAAUUGCUUAUGGUUAUAUUAGAAGAAUUUGAUUCCGAUUAUACUGAAUUAUGGGUAUGGGAAGAAAUUUCAAUAAAUUUUUGUUGUGAUUGCGUAAUGCUACGUUGAUGCCAUUUACUUUACAUUAUGUGAUUUUGUGUUAAUACAAAGUACUUAUUAUUUGAAAAUGUAUUGUAGUCUGAAAAUCUAAAACAUUGAGCUUUUAAAAUUUUUUUAAAAUCAGUUUAUUUUUAUAAAAUACACUAUUUAAAUUUUUUUUGGGUUUUAGUUUGUAAAUUAAUUUUUCUUUUAUUUUUUACCAUAAUUCAUUUCAAAUUGAAAAUAAACGAAAAAAAAUAUUUUUCAUAAUAAAUGACUGAAAAUGGCUCAAUACAUUUUGACAACAAAUUUGAUUUCGUAUUACAUAAUAUUAAUACAAAUUAUUGUAUGUAAAACCCCUUUAGCAUUUGUUUUAUUUUUUCUGCAGAAGAAAAAUACUGAAAAAUCCACAUUCGAUCGGAAUGGAAUUCCGAUUUCUUUUAAUGCGAAAUUAUUUUUUUGUUCUAGAUUUUAAGAAAUCGACUUUAUGCAUUAAAUAUUUCUUUCGUUUAAUAUUUUGAAAAUUAAGUGAUUACGAAUUUUUAUUCACAAGACUUGAGUGAAUACGUCCAUAAAAUUUUGUGGUCGAGAGUAGUUCCAAAUUCGAGAAAUAAACACUUAAAGUCAAAAUUUCUCAAAAAUCUGAUUGAAAUCAUCAAGUUUUUUUUUCACAACUUUUGCAUAUUAUGAGGGCGGCUUACAAAUGAUAAAUUCAUUUUGCUAAUGAAGACAGUAUACACUUGUCACGAAUGACUAUAGUCAAUAUUUAAUUGUUGUGCGAAUUAUAAGUAAAGAAUUACGUGGUCGCAAACCAAACCAAAUUUAUACGAUUUCACAAAACUUUCAGUUUUUUUAUAUACAGUGUCUCUCAUAAGUAU